CCUGUGGAGGACACCGUGCUCGCUCAGCUGUCUGCUCAUUUCUCUCGUGUCUUCUCUCGGAGCACGAGCACAGCCCGCAAUGUCCCGCAGUCAGAGCCCCGCGUGCUCCCCGCAGCUCCUCGCGCUCCUCCUCCUCCUCGUGCGCGGUGAGGGACAGCAGAGCCCCGCAAGCAAACCGCUGCUCGUCUUCCUGAUCGAUGGAUUCAGGUAUGACUACAUGGACGACCUGCACGCGCUGCCGGGAUUCACAGAGCUCGUGACCAACGGUGUGAAGGUGGACUACAUGACGCCGGACUUCCCCAGUUUAUCCUACCCCAACUACUACACACUGAUGACAGGUCGUCACUGUGACGUGCAUCAGAUGACAGGAAACUACAUGUACGACGACGUCUCUAAAAAGGAGUUUCUGAUCGGGACCAACGCCGACAGUCGACUUCCUCUGUGGUGGGACGGGUCGGAGCCGCUGUGGGUCACUCUGCAGAAACUGGGCAGGAAGGCGUUCAUGUACUACUGGCCCGGCUGUGAGGUGGAGAUUCUAGGAGUUCGUCCAUCGUUCUGUGAGGAGUACGUCUACAACCCGUCAGAGAAGAACCUCACAGACUCCAUCAAGAACGCUCUCAGCGUCCUCAGGUCUGGCGAGGUGUCCAUGGCGGCCAUAUAUUAUGAGAAAAUCGAUGUUGAGGGUCAUCACUUUGGUCCGGACUCCCAGCAGGUCAAAACAGCUGUCAAACAGCUGGACGUCGCCAUGGAAACGCUCAACAGAGAGAUCAGAGACAGAAAGAUGGAGCAGCAGCUGAACGUGGUGCUGUUUUCCGAUCACGGCAUGAUGAAGCUGCAAUGGAUGGAGAAAGUCAUCGAGCUGGACAAACACAUCAACAUGUCGCACAUCAGAAAGAUGUUAGACAGAGGACCUGUGGUCAGCCUGUGGCCUGAAGAGAGCAGAUACCAACAGGUGUACUCCGCUCUGUCUCAGGUGUCUCACAUGCAAGUGUACAGCAGACAGGAGAUCCCGGAGCGUUUCCACUUUAAAGGGGGGAGGUUUGUGGCCCCCCUGACGCUGGUGGCCGAGCCCGGCUGGUUUAUCACCGAGAACAGGACGACCCUCCCGUACUGGAGAAACGGAUCAGGACAGGCCUCAGCAUGGCAGAAUGGCUGGCACGGAUAUGACAACGAGUUCAUCGACAUGAGAGGCUUCUUCCUGGCUAAAGGACCCGACUUCAAGAGUGGCGUGCGUGCGGCUCCGAUCCGAGCCGUGGACGUCUAUAACCUGAUGUGCAGGACUCUUGGGGUGGACCCUCUGCCUAACAACGGGUCCUGGUCUCGGGUGGAGUACCUGCUGAGGAGCUCUGUGGGUCUGAGUCGCCCCCUCUCCCUGUGGAGCUGCUGUAUGGGGGUGUUUGGAGUCCUGCUGGCUGUGAGGGAGUUCUUCUAACAGGGUUCAGCACAUGGACCUGAGACCAUCCAGUGAGACCUGGAGGAGGAUCCAGCAGUCUUAAAGACCUACGACCUGAAGCCUUGAAGGGCCUGGACAGUUUUCCAGGACCUUACCCUAAUUUAGUAAAAAAAACGGGGCAAAGAUGAUCCAGAGAAGAGACUGAACUGUGACCCUGUUGAAGCUCUGACUCAUGUGUGAUGUGCUUCAAAGGAAACUUUAAAGGUGUAAUGUUCGACGUUUAAACAUUAAUAUGACAGAUAAACAAUCAAUCCAACCACAAUCCUGAAAGCUAAAAUGAGUCCACACAUCAGCCUUGUACGCUGCGGGAACCGGCCAUUCCUGCUGGGAUUCAACCAUCCUUUGGUCUAAGCUAGCGUAGAGUCCUCGAUAGAUCUCUUCGUCUACUUAGAGGAGUGAAAGGAUGGGGAAAGUCAAAGGCUGGAUGAAGCAGCCGACUAGCAGUCAGAGGCUUAAA